GAUAACGGUCAGAUAACGCUUUAUCAUUACACCGAUUCAACUGGCGCUGCUGGCAUCAAAAAGAGUAAAGUGAUAAAAGGAUCUACCGACGAAACACCCAUACAGAAUCGACGACAUGGCUGUGGUAAAUCGCUAGUUUGUUGACUCUUAUACCGUUAGUAAUAUGAGUGUAAUCUCUUAUUUUAAAUGCUAAAAACUAGUAUUUACUCCUAGAGAUAUUCUGAAUUUCCAACCAGUACUAACUGUGCUUUCAAAAUGUCAAUAUCCGGUGAAAUGGUUGCUAGUUUUGCUGCACGUGACCCUUCGCCUUGUCGCCGUGUCUGUAAUAUGAGUGUAAUCUCUUAUUUUAAAUGCUAAAAACGAGAACUAGUAUUUACUCCUAAAGAUAUUCUGAAUUUCCAACCAGUACUAACUGUGCUUUCAAAAUGUCAAUAUCCGGUGAAAUGGUUGCUAGUUUUGCUGCACGUGACCCUUCGCCUUGUUGCCGUGUCUGUAAUAUGAGUGUAAUCUCUUAUUUUAAAUGCUAAAAACGAGAACUAGUAUUUACUCCUAAAGAUAUUCUGAAUUUCCAACCAGUACUAACUGUGCUUUCAAAAUGUCAAUAUCCGGUGAAAUGGUUGCUAGUUUUGCUGCACGUAACCCUUCGCCUUGUCGCCGUGUCUGUAAUAUGAGUGUAAUCUCUUAUUUUAAAUGCUAAAAACGAGAACUAGUAUUUACUCCUAAAGAUAUUCUGAAUUUCCAACCAGUACUAACUGUGCUUUCAAAAUGUCAAUAUCCGGUGAAAUGGUUGCUAGUUUUGCUGCACGUGACCCUUCGCCUUGUCGCCUUGUCUGUUUCACAGCUUGACAAGUUCUUUUUUUUCUUUUUCUUUUCUUUUUUUUUUGCAGGGGUCUAUUUUACUUUCAUCGACCCAAGCAAUGACCCAAAGAAAAUACUCCUCAACAACUACGAUGACGCUGGUCAAGUUGUAAACAGUCAAAGAUUAUGGGCCAAACUCGAUUGGGUAAUCGAACUCAAAGUGGACAGGAAUAAAGUAAAGAAAGUUAAAAACUCUAAUCGCGACGUAUACUUGUACGAGGGUGAUGUUCACCUUGAAAAUUGUCAGUAUAGUAUCUACAAAAACCCAAACACAAAAGAUAAGGAUUGAGCCACCCUGUUUUUUUUUUCACUUUUAAGGAAACCGUGCGAAACUUGGCCACGGGCGUAAACUGGUGUAGAGAACUUUUUUCUUUUAAAUAGUGAUUUCAUGGUAUCGUAAAUGCUCUUGGUUUUUGGCCAUCUCAGUUUUAAAAGGAAUAACACACAAACUGGGUUACAAACAUCAGAAAUAACAAACGUUUUGUAUAACUGACUUUUAUAAUAUCGAACUUGACGUUUCGAAUGCUGCAACAUACAUCUUCAGAAGUGACCGUUAACACUAAUAAGAAGAGUCUCCUUGAUUUUACAGUGGGUAUCUGAUUUUCCUCUUGCUAAAAUGUCAAAAUGGUCUCAUUUCAAAUUGUGACCAGUUGAAGUGACGUGUUCUGCAAGAGCUGAUGAAUGACCCAUUACUAAUGAUUGCCCUCAAGUGUUCAGUUUUUUCUGUCAUGCAAUCUCCGUUUGGUUUUGCCGAUUUAGAAAUCCUGACAGUCCCAACAGCUAGCUUUGUUUUGUUUUCCCAAUGCAGGUCAUGUGAUAAUACUCUAGAGAACUGUUUCUUUCAAAUUUCGUCUUAUUCCCGUGCAUAUAUAGGCAUAAUUUAAGAAAAGACAUAGAGUCAAGUUCGAUCCACUGGGACCUCUAUUGGAAAAACAAAACGUAAAAGCUAAAGAGGUUUAUUGAAUUCAAAGUUUCGUCGCAGGACUCAUACCCACAGUUAGAGGAAACUGGACAAAUUACUUAAGGUUACGAUACAUGUUGUUUUUGCAGAUGUGUAAGAUUA